ACUGACUGUGCUUGCUCCAUCCAUUUCAUGACAGCCGAAACGGCAUUGGCGGAUCAGUUUCCUCAGCCGCCAAACCAUGCCCAAGCUCUAUGUUCUCGAUGUCAACUCCCACUGAAGGGCCAGCUCGUUCGUGCCCUUCAGGGCGUGUUUCACCUUGAUUGCUUUACAUGCCUUGAUUGCGGUAAGGUAGUGGCAUCCAAGUUUUUUCCAACCACUGUCGAAUCCGGAAAGAUAUUACCUUUAUGCGAACGAGAUUACUUUCGACGCUUGAAUCUGGUGUGUGAAAACUGCGGAGAGGCUUUGCGUGGCGCUUACAUCAGUGCAUUGGACAAGAAGUACCAUGUGGAACACUUUACAUGCUCAAUGUGUAGUAUUGUUUUCAGUCCUGAAGAUUCUUAUUACGAGCAUGAAGGGAAGGUGUAUUGUCAUUAUCAUUAUUCUGUAAAUUAUGCAGUCAAAUGUUCUGGCUGCAAAGUCGCUAUUCUCAAACAAUUUGUCGAAAUCAACCGCAAUAGCGUGGACGAAUUUUGGCAUCCAGAGUGCUACAUGAUCAACAAGUACUGGAACGUUAAGAUUUCGCAACCGUUUUUGGAUGACGACGAUAAUAGGAUAUCACAAGAACCCAAUCCUCAAGACACAAACGAUCUAUUGGACAUUCAGCAAACUACAGAGCAGAAAGUGUAUCAAAUUUGGACUGUGCUUUCAGCAUUCGAAGAAUCAUCGGCGGCAUGUAUCUCAGAUAUGCUAAUGCAUGUUUCGAAUGGUGCCUAUAUGGAUAGUGCCAAACUUUCAGAAAGGUUUAUAGUGCAAGUUGGCAUUUUGUUCGACUGUAUUGAUUCGAUUGAAGCGCGAUAUAUUGAAUUUGGAGAUGAAACACUCCGCUACAAACGCGAAGCUAAAAUGCUUUGCAAAAAGAUUGUAAAUUUCUUUUCUCUCUUAUCACAUUCCCAAGACAUGGCGAGACAACCGCAGACGGGUGUUGGUGAAGAGCUACUUUCGUCCGUCACCGGCUUAGCGCAUUAUCUCAAAGUUUUAAUACGUGUAACUUUGACCAGCGCCUUGCGACUGGAGAAUCAAUGGAAUUGUAAGACCGCGACAUCUGACUUUUUGGAACAGCUCAUGCGCUUGUCCAGUCAGGACGCAAAACAUAUGAUGAACAUUCCGGAUUCAGAGUUGACGUCUGAUCUUUGCCAAACUUGUAAAAUCACUUUGGAAGAGCCUUGCAUCCGGUAUGCACGGUUUCGAUGGCAUCUGCGAUGUUUCCACUGCCGGCAGUGCAAGCGCUCAUUAAAGGAUGACUAUAAUGCGGCGUUAUUUCACCCACCGUCAGUUUCUGUGGUCUGUUUUCAGUGCGCCAAUCAUGGGGCUGAAAAGUUGAUCCAAGGCUUUGAAUAUGUCACUCGAUUACAACAAUAUUCAUUCCUACUGAGUGUAGCUCUUGGCCGCUUGUAUAGUCUGUUGAAAUUACCAGAAGCUCCCUCACCUUCACCAAGCUCAAGAAAAGAUAAGACAGACGGUAAAAAAUCCAAGCUUCGAAAUCCUUUACGUGGCGAUGCUAGAGUACAGUCCUAUACCGGAGAUGAAAAGCUCUUUAAACCCGCCAAGCUGACGGAUAUUAAACGCAUGAAGUCUACGCAUAUGGAUCGCAAAUUGUCACAAUCCCACAAAGCAACGCGAAAAUCGGUUAUUGUUGAAAGUCGAAAUCUAUUCGCACCGACUGCCCCAUUACCCAUUCCAAAGAUACCGAGUGGCACGAGUUCAACUACUUCAUUGAAGGAACUGCCACCCCUUCCAGUCUCUAAUGACGAACAGGAAGAGAUACCAGAAACGCAAACUCUAGCGGAUAUGCACAGUUUGGGGAAUGAAGCCGCUAUCACUUUGGACGAUAUACCCCAUAUUGCUGCUCGUACAGGAGACUACCAACGUGGUAUCUUUUUCUCAGACUUGUCGGCUCUCCAACAUCUUAUUGUGAGACAUAUUGCGGUGGUGAAGAUUGAGCCACACGUCAAGGAUGUUUUCACCAUGGAGGAGCUGUUGGACAUGAUUGAAUCCAAAAAGGCUUCGUUAUGGGACAAGUUCAUGACAUCGUUCAAGCAAGGAAACAAGAAUCGAGUCAAGGAGAUGGGGACAUUUGGUGUACCUUUUGAAGCUUUGGUGGAGCGAAACGGAGCGGAUUCCAUCAUUGGUGCUGGUCCUUCCCCAGUACGGAUACCUACGUUUAUAGAGGAUUCCAUUCUUGCCAUGCGGCAAAUGGACAUGUCAGUGGAAGGUGUCUUUCGUAAGAAUGGUAAUAUCCGCAGACUGAAGGAAUUGAGUGAAAUCAUCGAUCGAGAUCCAAGUGAAGCUAUGCUGGCAGAUGAAAACCCCAUUCAGGUGGCCGCGCUGCUUAAAAAGUUCUUGCGCGAAAUGCCUGAACCGCUUCUCACAUUUAAAUUACACCGCCUCAUCAUCUUUUCACAAAAGCUAGAGUCGGAAGCGGAAAGAAGGCGCGUCUUGCACUUGGCGCUAUGCAUGAUGCCAAAGGUGAACCGAGAUACCGUAGAGGUUCUAUUGCACUUUCUAAGAUGGACAGCAACGUUUGCCCAUGUGGAUGGCAAGAUGGGAAGUAUGAUGGACCUCACCAAUCUUGCAACAGUUAUCGCGCCUAAUGUUCUGUACUCUAAAAGUAAAGAUCCAGCCAAGGACGAGUCAUUUAUGGCUAUCAGCGCGUUUGAGAUGAUGCUAAAAUACGAAGACAGUUUUUGUUUUGUUCCCGACGACAUUGCUCAACUUCUACAUGACCCAAUGUUAUUGGAGGAUACGGCUAACAUGACGAGCAAAGAUUUCAUGCCCAAAUUAGAGGCUAUUAUGAAGGGAAGAAAGCAGCAGGAGACGAACGAAUUCGCAGCAGACGCAAAUAGCAACCAGCACGACCCAUACCAUCGGCCUCCUCCCGAAUACCCUCUCUACCCACGACAGCAUCGUUACGAACCUGAACAACCUGCAGGUCAGCUGGGUCUCUUAAGCCCCCUGCCAUAUCGAUCUCAUUCUUUGAGUCGUCAGCGUGAUGCUGUACCUCACAGUCAAUCUCCUUCCUCUUUACGAACUCAGGUUAAUUUACCAAGCCUUGUCAACGACAAUCGACUCUCACAUCCUAGCCCAAGCGCUACCACGCCGGGCGGCCUACGAUCAUGAUUGGGUUUUCCUUUAUUUAUAUACAAAAAAUGCUAAUUCUCCCCUGCAUCAUAAUUUCCUUUACCCUUUGCCUAACUUUAUCAUCCUUUUUGUACAUUUGUCAAUGUUUUUUGGUUUGCUUGUUUUGAUUGCUUUACGUCUCAUCUGAAAUGAUGCAUUAUU